CCUCCACCAAAAGUAUCUUAGCCAGGUUUUUAUUAAACUGCUGGUCAUGUACCUACACUGGGUAUUUUGUUCUCUUGCAUUAGUUUGGUUGGUGUCUGCUGAUGAACAAGAAUGCGACCUUGACAACUACACUAAAGCUUCUGAAGCUUAUGAUGCACUUUUUAAUAAGUAUGAGCUUAACUUUAACAACAGCAUGAAGAAGCAAAAGCGGCCCAUAACCAACCAAUUUGCCACCGAGGUUUUAGUGUACCUGCUUUUGACCUCCAUCACAGAUGUGAAUGAAAAAGCUCAGAGCAUCUCAACACAAGUAAUUAUUAAAUUUGAUUGGUACACAGAAAUGGAAUGGACCACAACAAAUGUUGGUGGCAUUGAAUCAUUUGCAGCUCCAAAAGAUUUGUUUUGGACACCAGACAUUGUUGUUUUAGAAAGGUAA